AUGUUGGGACGUAAAUCUGGUGUCGGUACUCUAUUAAAAAAUGAUUUUCCAAAUAUAAUAACUUGGCACUGUUGCAACCACCGCCUAGAGUUGGCAGUUAACGAUACUUUAAAAGAAGUAAGUGGAUUAAAUCAUUUUCAGAGUUUUAUUGAAAAACUUUAUGCAACAUAUCAUAUGUCUCCUAAGAAUACAAGUGAAUUAAGAGAAUGUGCUGCUUCAUUAGAGAAACAACUAUUAACAAUUGGUAAGAUUUUCACUAUCCGAUCGGUUGCUUCAAGUCAGCGUACAGUGAAAGCUGUUUGGAAUAAUUAUGAAGCUCUAUUCAAACAUUUUUCUUAUGCAUCUACUGACACAUGUAGAGACUCAAGAGAAAGAGCAAAAUAUAACGGGUUAAAAAAUAUACUCACUUCAAAUAAUUUUGUACAUAAUCUUGGUGUGUUAUAUGAUGCAUUAAUGGAACUAUCAGACUUAUCAAUACAAUUACAAAAAAGAGAUAUGACAUUACCUGCUGCCCAUAAAUCUAUUCAGCGUACAAUUCGAGUUUUAGAGUCCAUGGCUAGUAUACCAGGUCCAAUAUGUCAAGAAGUAAUUUCUGCUUGUGAAAACAGAGAAUUCAAAAAUAUUCAAAUCUAUUCUAAAACAUCAAUUAUAAAAGUACAAAUGGGACAAUUUUUUACAAGUCUAAGUAAUAAUAUGAAACAAAGACUUAUGACAACACAAGCUAGUAAUGUGUCAUCAAGGGAAGUUAAUAAUGAAUAUAAAGUUAAUUUCAAAAAUUUAAUUGAAGAUUUAGAAGUCCUUUCCUCAGAAAAUUGGCCGGAUAAUAUGGAUAUUCAGUAUGGUGAUGAAAGUAUUCGGCGUUUAUCAGAGGUGUUUCAAAUUGAUCAAGUUUUAUCUGUUAAAGGUUUUCGUGAGUAUAAAGAAAAUGAAAAAGUUAACAUCGAUAUUAAACCUUUAAUGACUGUAAUCAACUCUAUUGCAAUAUCUUCUUCGGAGUGUGAACGUACCUUUAGCUCAAUGAAUGUAAUUGUAAGUCCUGUAAGGAGUACAUUCAUCUAG